UUUAAGCACUACAUUUUCUUUCCGGAAAAAUGUUGCCCACAAAGUUUGUCGUCCAGCCCUCGGAGUCUCUAAAAUGCCCCAUUUGCAGGGAACUAUUCAGAGAUCCGGUUAUUUCGACUCAAUGCGGUCAUACGUUUUGCAGAAAUUGUAUUCGAAAUGGGGUUCCUCUCACCGGAAAUUCGUCAACGAAAUGUCCUCUUGAUGGAACGAUUUUACAACGAUCACACUUAGUGUCAAACUUAGCAGUGCGAGGCCAAAUAGAAGACUUGUUGAUACACUGUAGGCACGGUUUAACACGAUCUGAUUCGGAAGAAGACUUUGAUAUAGACAGCAGUGGUUGUCAAGAACGAAUUUCAUUUGGUCGACGGCGAGAGCAUGAAGAUCUCUGCGGCUUCGCUUUAGUCCCUUGUCCCAACAGCUCAAAUCAAUGCGGAAAAUUUCGACGUAAAUGCUUGGAGGAACAUCUAAAAGUUUGUGCUCAGUAUCGUUGUCAGUAUAGUGUCAAGGGUUGUGAACAUGUUGGCACCAAACAGAAUGUGGAAGAACAUGCAGAAGAAUGUAAAUAUAAACACAGCUCAGAUCUUGUCAGGUGCCAAGCUCUACAUUCUGAGUCCUCCGAGGAGCUAAGAUCAUCUUUAAAAGUCCUUUCAGAUAGAGUGUCUUGGCUAGAAAACAAUCAGGAUGCUUUAGUGACACAAGUUGAACAAUGCAAUAGUGCUAUUUCCAGAUUGUCAGAAACAGUAGAAGACCUAGCAUUUCAAGUGGAACAACUUUCAGUUAUUCUGAAGCGAUCAUCACUUUAUCGUGAAAUGUCAAUCACCUCCAUCCCUGAAACAAUCAACAGUUCUCAAAGUACAAGCCCUGAUGAUACUACCUCAUAUUCACAUGCACAUAAAUCACUUGUCAGACUCAAGACAUCACCCUCAGCUCACCAAGAUGUUUGGGGCAUACCAUGUGUCUUCAAGUGCAUCGGCACCUUGAGGGGUCAUCGUGGUACUAUCUGGUCAAUGGUGUCCAAAGGCCAUCGUCUAUUUAGUGCUGGUGGAGAUCAAGUUAUCAAGGUUUGGAACGUGGAGAAUGUGCGGCUAGCAAAAUGUACAGAGGUCCUCGAAGGGCACACUGAUGAUAUUCACACCAUGUGUGUUGGUGGUGGAAAACUAUAUAGUGCAGGAUCUGAUCAGGCAAUUAUUUCAUGGAACUUGGAAAAUUUAACUCUGUAUAAAAAAGUAGAGAAUGCCCAUGACAAUAUUAUAUGCGCUAUUGUUUACAAUGGACAAUACCUCUUCACCUCUUCACAUUCCUGCAUUAAGGUUUGGAAUGCUUCUACUCUUGAAGAAAUACACGAGAUGACAGACCUUCAUCACUGGGUCCGAGCUUUGGCUUUGGAUGCCAAAAGGGAGAAGUUGUACAGUGGUUCUCACAAUGUAGUCCAUAUAUGGGAUGCAACAGGCUCGUUUAGUCUCUGGGACACCAUUGAUCACUCUCUGGGUUCUGUUUAUUCUUUGGCUGUCACCAAGCACUUUAUUCUUGUAGGUACGUACAAUCAGAACAUUCACGUGUAUGAUGUGAACACCUACCAGUCUAUCAAGGCUCUUGUUGGUCAUAUUGGCACAGUCACAGGACUGGCGCCAGCAGUGACAGGAAAGCUGUUGUUCUCGGCCUCCUACGACACGACAGUGCAGGUGUGGAAUCUGGAUACAAUGUUACCCAUGCAAACACUCUCAAGACAUGAAGGUAGCGUCAACUGUGUUGUUAUUCACAAAGAUAUGCUUUUGUCAGGCUCAGAGGAUAUGGAGAUCAAG